GUUUAAUAAAGUAAAUCUGAUGUCAAGGGGAUUUUUAUUUAUUUUACUGAGGAUGAAAAUAAAUUUUGGGUGAAAGGUUGUCUGAGAUUAAUUUAAAAAAUUAAUUAUUAAAUCAUUAUUAAUGUGUUGUAAAAAAAAAGAAUCUAUAAAAAUAUUUCAAAAGCGUUUGUCAGUUAUGGUGGACUCAAAGUGUGGUAGUUAUGAAAGUUUAAUAAAGAACAAGCUAAAAGAAUUGUCGGAGAAGUAUGAAAAGCCGGAAAUAGAAAUAAAUUUAGUAGACAAAAAUCUUGCUGGAGAAUUAUUGACUCAUAUCAAGAAAAAAUCCUCAAAAAUAUCCAAUAAAGAGAUCAUUGGACUGUAUACGAUGGGAGUUGGUAUUGCAAAACCCGAUUCAGAAGAACUGGCCACAAUGUACGCUAAUCGUUCGGCCAUCUUGUACGAGUAUGCCCGCUAUAACGAGUCUCUGGUAGAUAUCAAAAGAGCUUUGGAAAUCGGCUACCCAGAUAAAUUGAAAGCUAAUUUGUAUCUCGGUCGUGCUAAAAAUUUACUGGCGCUUGACAAUAAAAUCCGACCGGAAGUACAACAAGCUAUGGACGAAGCUUACAGAUGGAUGGGCAAAAUGGAUGCCCAUAAUGAAGAGAGAAUAAACGCGGCCUUGAUAAAUCUUCAGAGUCCAAAAUUUAGAGCCAAGUCAUUCAGAAAUUCUAACAAUAAUCGACAAAUUGACUUUAGAAUUAUGCUGCCAAAUAUUUCGACCGGAAAUUCUAAAAUACUUGGAGCAUCGGAUGCUAUUUCACUGAAGCAAUCUAGUGAAAAUGAAUUCUAUGUAGAAGCUACUAGAGAUAUUAAAUCUGGCGAAGGUCUGUUAGUUCACAAAUCUUACGCGUCAGUACUUGUCCAUCGUAAUUUUAAGACCCAUUGCUUACAUUGUUUCAAACGUAUUUUAUCUGGCAUACCCUGUCUGCGAUGUAUACAUGCCAUAUAUUGCAAUGAAAACUGUAGAGACAAAUCAUGGAAAGAGUACCAUGAUAUUGAGUGUCUUGUUAUUAGUACAAUGAUAGAAGAGAAUAUCCAUCAGUCGAAUUUGUUACUGAGUCUAAGAUUGACAGUUAAAGCUUUGAAGGAAGCGGGAACAAUUAAUGGGCUAAGAAAAAAAAUCGAACAACUAGAUUCGAUGGAUGAUUCAUUUAAUAAACGUUUUACCGGUGAUGUAUUCGAUUGUUCAAAAUACUGCAGUGUUUACACUUUGACAGAAUGGAAAUUUACUGCUGAAGAAUUGUCAGACUACUCAUUAAAAUCCGCCAAAAUAUUGUUAUAUCUAGCAGCGAUUACUGAAGUCUUUGGAAAAAAAAUAGAUGAUUUUAAUGAACUAAUGGGAAAUCAAUUGGCUCUUUUUAUUGGGGGAUUAAUUUUACGACACAUUUGUAUUAUUAGGGCGCAUUCCGUUGUUACAUCGACUCUUGAUUAUGAGAGUAAAGUGAUCGAUUAUUGUGAACAACUUUUUCCUAUGAUCAAUUAUUUUACUCAAAGUUGUGACCCAAAUGUCUACGUAUUUUACGCCGAAAAUACAUGUGUACUUUUUGCUCUCAAUCUAAUUAAACCAAAUGAUAAAAUAUGUAUUACUCAUUAUUCUUAUUUGAAAAUGAAAACCGCAGAAAGAAAAGAAAAAUUGAUGAAGAUAAAUAACAUUGAUUGUAAAUGUGUCGCUUGUGUCAAUGAUUGGGGUCCGGAUUAUAAAUAUCCAUCAGUUUUGGACCAACCGCUGCCUGCUGAUGUCAAACAACGGUUGACAGGUUAUAAAGAACGACUUGAAACUUAUUUAAACUCUUCUCCUAGUAGUUUUACAAGUACGCAAGAUGGAUACGAUUCUCUUCGUGAGAGAAUAACUCAUUUAAACAAGGCUAUUAAUACUUUUAGUCAAUACGCUAAUUAUCCGUGCCAAGAGUUGAUUGAUUGGAAAGACUUUAUUUGCACUAUGUAUGAUUCUCUUUGUCACACUUUUUUCCAUAUUAUUUGAAACACAAACAAUGUCGAAGGCUUUAUACAAGCAACAGUAUAUUACACACCUAAGGAGGAAAUUAGGACAUUUCAACCCUCGUGUAUAAUUGCCUACCCGAGCCGAAGGCAAACACGCGGAUUGGGACGUCCUACCUUCCUCCAAGGUAUGUAUGCUAUUUUUCACCAGACCUACACCUGACAGUUUAAAUUUUUGCCUCUGUUUGUGUGAAGAAUGGCGCAUGCGCUAAUUUUUUGCUCAGACUUUCUUCCCUCUAAACAAGGCAGGAAUUUAAACUUUCGGUGUGGGUAUGGUAAAAAAUGAAUUAAUACUCACUGGAGAUCUCCUACUUAUUUGAAUAAGUAUUUUUUAGAUAUUUUUACUAUGGGGCCGUUCGUAAAAUACGUUCGCAUGUAUGGGGCUGGAGGGGGUAUCGCUUACUUUGACAAUAGGGAUAGGGGUUCUAAGGAAACGCGACGUUCGCUGCUCAUUAAACAAUUUUGAAAAUUUUUUUUUAUAACAAUAGAAAGUCAUUAGUUUCAUAUUUUUGAAUAUAUCAAUAUUUCUAUGCAUAUAUUUUCAUAAUAGUGAUAGGAGGGUCACAGAAAAUGUGACAGCGUAACGAAGAGGGGUGGGGGUGUUAAAAGGUAAAAUAUUGUGUGACAUAUUUUCUGAACGGCCCCCACAUAUUUUUUUUUGUUAUUUUGUUAAACGUUUAAAAGUUUUUUUUUUCUUUUCAAGUAAUUUAUUAUUACUUUAGUUACUCUACUUACUCACCGGUUAAAAUGUUUUAAACAGUUUUCGGUAUAAAGAUAUUUUAUCAUCUAUUGUUAAAA